AUCUCUCUUUCUGGACUCCUAAAUGUCAUAGAUGGUGCAGCGGCUCAAGAGGGCAGGGUUCUGAUCAUGACAUCUAACCACAGGCAGCAGUUGGAGUCUGCUUUGCUUCGUGCUGCCAGAGUUGACUUUUCUAUUCACUUUGAACUCGCUACUUUUGAAACGGCUGCCGACAUUUUCGCUAAAGGCUUUUCUUGCAAUAACUCGCCAUAUCAUGCAACUAAGCAAAGCACGUCCAAGGAAGUCAAUAACGAGAUAUCGAAUGACAAUAUUCUAUCUCUAGCUCGGUCUUUCCGCAGAAAGCUUCCGGAGAGGACCUUUAGUCCUGCAGAAAUUCAAGGACUAUUACUGCGAUAUCCAGGCGACCUCAAUGGAGCCAUCUCAGCGACUAAGGGCUGGGUAAUAACAACAUUGGCCGACAGGAAGGCCCAGCAGAACAAG